UGUCACUUUCUCAAUUGGCAACUGGAUAUCUGUUGAUUGUGACUCAGCUUUUUCCUGUACACGACGUCGUAUGCCUCUAAUUGACUGCAAAUUGCAAUUGUGUAAAACCCUUCUCAGCAAGAAUCUCUCUCCUCCCACAGUUGCUUCCAUUUCUCUCCCCCUUGUUUUUCUCUAAUAAUUUUUUUUUUAACGAAAAAUCCAAAAACCAAUUGGCAAAACGCAGACAAUUAAGCAGUAAAACGGCAUGCAAAACGGAAGUAGCAGCAGCAACGGCGUCGGAGAGGGGCGGAAGCCGUUGUCAGAGAUGGUGGCUGACUGUGUGAGGCGGUGGUUUCAAGACACUCUCAAGGAGGCCAAAGGCGGCGACGUCAAUAUGCAAGUUCUUGUCAGUCAGAUGUACUUCGCUGGUUAUGGUGUUCCCAAAGAUGACCAAAAGGCAAGGUUAUGGUUGUCAAGGGCUUCUAGGGUAAGAGCAUCAGUUUGGAAAGUGGGUGAAAAGCAUCCUGGCUAUAAUGCAAGUGAUUCCGAUUCUGAUGAAUUGAUUGGUGAAGCACACUGACUAUGUUAUUUAGAGAUUGGUAACUAAAGUGAGUUUUAACUACUUUGGCAAUGUCCUUUAGUUGAGACUUCUCUAUAGGUAGAAAUAUUCCUUUUUGUAUUACAUGUUUCGUAUGCACACUUGUACUGUGAUGGUGUGUGAUAUAACUCUAGUGCAAAUGUGCAAUUUUAAUCAUGAUGUCUCAUUAAUUCCUUUUUAUUUAAAUUGACUGCAUGUUUCUGUGGCU